AUGGAUCCAUCAUCGACGACGUUUGGAUGGAAAUUUCUGAAGUCCCUUUCAGAGAAGGUUUUGCAGCAAGAUCUUUGCAAAGCGAAAAUACACAUCGAUGUGCGUAGAACUAUGUUCCUCCAACCGAAGUUAUCCAUUGCUCUGCCACUUUUGAAUGCUUUGUCUUUACACCUCCAGGAUACACUUGGCAGCAAUAAGUGUUUACUGCUUGCAGAGGGAGAGAUGCUCUCAUCUGUCACUACAGAUGAUGGAGAUGAGGGUCAUUUUUUGAAGUCUUUAGCAGUCAGUGAUUUGAAUUUUUUCGUCAAACAACUUUCAAACAUCAAAUUCGAUAAAAAUGAGGAAAUAUUCCAAAAACACUCUCUUAAAUGCGAAAUCACCAUGGAAUACUUCCGAAGGCACGCUAUCACCAUCCUACAAGAGCUGUGUUCGGAAUCUAAUCGUCUCACUGCACCUCAAAAGCUAGCCCAGUUUCGGAAAAUCAUAUCGAGGGUUGUUGAGACGGGAAAAGGCUCCAUAUGGUCUGAUAUUCAACAAGGUUUGGACAUGGUUGCGUACUCAGUUUCUAUUCCAUCCAAGUCCAUCUCAUUAACGUACACUCCUGAAUGGGUGAAGAGCGAAUUUGGCACUCCUCUGAAAACGUCAUGCUCUACCAGCUACAAAACACUCAUUGGAAAAUCCGGAAAACGCUAUAAGGUGUUAAAGAUAAAAAAGCAGCACAAACCGCACACAUCAUGGACGAAGACGUUGAAGAACCUCCGAACUCAUGUGAUUGGAAGGAGCUCCCAAGAACAUGUAGAAUGCAUUUAUGCAAUUGCACUAUUCGAAGAAGAUAUAAAUAAUGAGCUUACGCAGAAAGAGUUGUCGAAAUUGAUAGAUUUUACAUCCACAAAAAUGUACUCAAUAUCUUACUUCUUCCGUUAA